AUGAAAAAUAUGAAAAACGAGCUCGUGGAUGAAGCACCAACUGGUACGGUAGGAGUAGCUCAAGAAAGCAGAUGGAUGACCACCGAAAUUUUCGUGAAGUGGCUCCAGGAUUUUCAAAGCUUUGUAAAAGCUAGUCAUAAUGAAAAAGUCCUUCUUAUUGUCGAUGGCCAUGCCAGCCAUAAGUCAUUCGAAGCUUUGAACUUUGCCGAGGAGAAUUGA